AUCAUAAAAAAGCGUACGUUACUAGCAAAUUGUACAAUAAAUAUAAAUUUUAAGAAUUUCAGCAACACACAACAAUAAAGCUUUCGCACGGGCGUUUGUUUGGGUUUUCAACUGUCAAAAUUUUACUUUGCAUUUGGCACAGCAAACUUCAAUUUAUUUAUACUGCACCAUAGGAAAUUUUUCCACCCCGUCUCACUGCGGAGAAAAAAGUUACCGAUUGGCACAGGCCCUAAAAUAAAAUUGGAAUGACUGGCCACACUAUAGCCUUAUUUGAUGGUUGGUAAUACAAGAUCAUCAGCUGAUUGUUUUGUACUAAAUUGACUUAUUCAUACGAAAGAAUUAAACAAAUAAAUCCGAGUUUAAAACAAAAUGUUUAUUGUGGCCAUAACUGGGGGAAUAGCUACAGGCAAGAGCACGGUGAGCCAGGUCUUCCUAGAUAAUGGUAUACCAGUUGUUGACGCCGACAAAAUAGCCAGGGAAAUUGUGCAACCUGGAACAACGUGUUGGCACAAAAUACGACAAGUGUUCGGCGAUGAAAUUCUUCUGCCAACUAAAGAAAUCAAUCGUGAAGCCUUGGGGAAGGCCAUUUUUGGCGACAAACAAUUACGCGGCAAAUUAAAUCAAAUUACACAUCCGGUAAUUCAUCGCACAAUUUUCCUGCAGGUAUUUAAGCAUUUCAUGAGUGGGCGUUCUUGGAUUGUGCUGGAUUUGCCGUUGCUCUUCGAGACCGGCAUACUUAUGGAAUUUAUCUAUAAGAUAAUUACUGUGUCUUGUGACUCUGAAACGCAAUUAAAUCGUCUUAUGCAACGUAAUGAAUAUUCAAUGGAGGAUGCUAAAACGCGCAUUCAGUCACAAAUGCCAUUAGAUAAGAAAUGUGAACAGUCGAAUUUUGUCAUUGAUAAUUCCGGUAGUAUUGAAGAAACAAAGGAAGCAGCUUUGCGCAUUGUGAGACUAAUGAACGAUUCCAAACAUCAUUGGCGUAAUCG